AUGUCCACAGUUCAGAGACAAGAUCUUACUAUAUUUAACGACCAGACGGUUCUGAGCAGGGCCCUCUUGUCUGGAACUAGUCAUGAUAUGAUGCUAGUAAGUUCUACAAUGUCUACACAGCCGGUGUGGCUACUUAAUGCCUUAGCUGAAAGUUUCCUCUUUGGUAAGACAACCUCAAUAAAUAGCUCUUCUGAUAAUUCUAGACAUUCCCAUGAGAACAGUAGUCGCCAUGUCGUCAUAGGUUCCUUUAUUAAUGACUCAAAGUUCUAUACUAAUUCACUACAGAGAUUAAAGAUACAUUCAACACUAUAUACUGUGGUUGAUCUAAUGACGGAUUUUGUCGUUAAAAACCAUGAUAAACCAAGAUCAAAGCUGCUAGGAUUGUUGGUCGAACGGUUUACGUCGCCAGAGAUGAAUAGUAUGAUUAUUAUUGAUCAACCUGAAAUUUUACUAUCAUUAAUUGAAGGAUUGACUUGUGAUGAAUUAUUCAAAUAUUUUAUUUCACCUUUAUCGAAACGUUGUAAUAUCUUUGUAGUAUCCACAUCUACCGAGCAGUUCCAGGACCACGAUUUCGAACCUGAAUCAACCGAAUUUGUCAGAUUUAUUACUAAAUGUUUAUAUAAGAGCAUAGUACAACUAAGUUUGAAUCCAUUAGAGACCGGUAGGGCAAAGGAUGUGACUGGUUCAUUAAGAAUAGCUAGAGGUGGUCAAUUGACUAACCAUUUGUCUGUGCACGUUGUGGAAAACGAAUAUUUAUAUUUGAAUGAAAGAGAAUCAAUUAAAUUAUUUUAUAGAUAA